AGAAAAAAAGGAGAAAAAAACAAAAUUGCAUUUAACGGUAAAACAGGGAACACAAGAAAAGUGAAAAAACAGGCGUUUUUCUUGCAUUUUACUUAUCAAAUUCCUGUCCUCCUGAAGAAACAAAAACAAUUCAGAUCCAUUAUCCCUCUUCAACCCCACAAUCAACCCUCAUUAGGGCUUUUCGGUUGAAGGGGCACAAAUUAACUCUAUUCAAGUUCUGGUGUCCGUUGAUGAUAAGAAGGUUUUACAAGCAACUUAUCGUCGAAAAUGAGGCAACGGAACAUGGCUUACACCGGUCAAAUGAUCGAUAACGAAAUAGAACAUGCCCAUCUUCACCCCGAACCUUGUGUAAUUCCUUACGGUCAUGGACCGAUGUCGUCUGGGAUCACGUUCAUGGCGGCAGCUCCGCCUGGGCCCAGAGUGGUUCCGUUCGGGCCGCAUAAUCCGCUACCUUUUCCUAGCCACCAGCUUAUGGAUGAUGCGUUUAAGGGGAAGAUUAGCGAAGGGUUACAUGUUAGCUCGCAGUACUCGUAUCCUGCACCUAGCUCGAAUCCUUUUGUGGUUCCCGAGUACAUUGGGUUCAAUGUGAUUCCUGUUGUGAUGGGCCCUGGGCACCACAGAGGUGCAAGGACCCGGGCUGCUGGUGCCGUUGAUCUUAACCCUGGUGUACAGUUCAUGCCCAUGAGCCAUGGUGCGAUCGGGCAACCCGUUCAGGUGGUGCCUGGCCCGUGGUUGGACCAGCAGUUUUGUGGCAAUGUUCCUGGAAUGCCUUAUAUGCAAGGAUAUACCAAUGGAGGUCCGGUCGCUUUCAUGCAUCAACCACUGCCGCCUAUGCCACCACUGCAACCUAUGCUGCCUAGGUUUGCGCGACCGGUUCCACCUACAGUUGAUAGGGUCUACCCACCUCAUGGUCAACAACUUGUGAUCGAGUCAAAUUCAAGACAGCGCGGUUUAAGGGCUCUCCCUGAAGCUGAAGUUGCCAUGCUCAAUUUUGGUAAUUAUGGACAUCGAGUCGAUCAUCAUAGAGAUAUGCGCUUGGAUAUAGAUCAUAUGUCGUAUGAGGAACUUGUUGCAUUAGGUGAGCAAAUCGGGAAUGCUGGCUCGGGUUUAUCUAAGGAUUUCAUUUUAGGUCAUCUGAAAAUGCGAAUAUUUACCGCUUCUAAUCUGCAAGACACGCCAUCAACUGAUCAGAAUCUUAGUUUCUGCACAAUUUGUCAGAUGGACUACAAUGAUGAAGAAAAGAUCGGCAUGCUGGAUUGCAGCCACGAGUACCAUGUAGACUGCAUUGAAAAGUGGCUAGUUGAGAAGAACAGUUGCCCCGUAUGCAAAUGCACCGGGCUGGCUGCACAAGGAAAGGAGUCGUGAGACCUUCAAAGAACCGGAGGCAUGUUAUAAAAAAAAAAACUGCAAAUUAUGGUAAAUAUAACAAAGUUAGUAGACUGGUGGUAUUUAUGUUUAUAAACUACCCUAGGUUGUUUUGUUUCUUUUGAUGUGGUUUCAUGAGAUGCAAUUGUCAACAACUGUAUUAAACCGUGUUUUUGUUGGCGACUGGCGUUAAGGUCUCAUGCGCCCUUGAAACCUUUUUGUAUAUACCUUUUUGGUGUUGUGUAACUCCAGGUUUUGGAAUGCUAAUACUAGGUUGAACAUUCAUUCAUUC